AUGCCUCGCCGUUCACUUCGCAAUUCUGCGCCUACAAGACAGGCAAACAAGCGGCAGCCUGAUACUUCGUCCCCCGACCAGAAUAAGGAUUCAAAACGCCAGAAAAAUGCCACAAAUGCCACCAAAGAGCUACCGUCAAGGUCUAAGACCACGAGGCGCACGGCGUCAUCCACCGCGAAGAAGAGUAAAUACUUCACCAAGGAAGCCGAAGACCCCGACAUAAGCGAGAGCGACUCGACUCCAUUAACGUCCAAUGGCUCAAAAGGAGCCUCUACGAGAAAUGAUAACGAAACAGAGGAUUCAUAUAAUGCGGAAUCAGAAAACGCUGCCUCUUCGAGUGCCGAAGAUAGCGCGGGAGAAGAUAACGAAGAUGGGGAUGAGGAAUUCAGCGAGGAAGAGAGGAAUAAGAAAAAACCACGAGUGGCGCCGACGAAGAAAAGGAAAGGCGUCGGGAAGGGCGCCGUCCUCGAACCCCGCGGAUCUAGCAAAGGCAGUGAACUAUGGCGAGAGGGUGUGAAGACGGGACUAGAACCAGGGAAGGAGGUUUUCAUCAAGCUUCCAACCCCGAGGGAUGAUGGAGGUAUACCCUACGAAGACGGCACGAUCCAUCCAAAUACAGUGCUCUUCCUAGCAGAUCUCAAAGAAAACAAUGACCGUGAGUGGAUGAAAAGACAUGAUGUUGACUAUCGAAAGUCCAAGAAGGACUGGGAAUCGUUCGUUGAAAGCCUGAACGAGAAACUGGCCGAGAAAGAUGAGACUAUUCCAGAGCUGCCAGCAAAAGACCUGGUUUUCCGAAUCUAUAGAGAUGUCCGUUUUAGUCAUGACCAGACGCCAUACAAGCCACAUUUCUCAGCAGCAUGGUCUCGAACUGGACGAAAAGGCCCGUAUGCAGCAUACUACCUUCAUCUAGAACCUGGGAAAUGCUUUAUAGGGUCAGGACUAUGGAUGCCUGAAGCCAGUAAACUAGCACUUAUUCGUCAGGAUAUCGAUCGCAACUCGCAGCGGCUGAAGGCGAUACUGAUGCGUCAAGACGUCAGGGGCGAAAUCCUCGGCGGUAUUCCCAACGACGAGAAGAAGGUGAUCAAGGCCUUUGCUGACCAGAAUAAAGAAAGUGCUCUCAAAACCAAACCAAAGCAACUGCGCUCUAUCAGCAGCGACCGUCCGGUCAGUCAACUUGGCCAUCAGCAGGUGAAAUGCUCGACGUACCUCCGCUACCUCCAUCCGUGGACUCUCCGUAGGCCCGAUCCUGAUGAUUCCGGCUCAUCAGUCAAAGGUACCGCCCCUGGAGCCUUCAACUGGCCUUUAGGCGGGGGGGUUUUUGGCAGCCAAAGUUUGGGCCUCCAAGGGCCGUUACGGGCGGACCUGGCGCGGCCCUUGAUUUGCGUAGAGCUUCGCGCGCUCCCUCGCCACUACGAACGGAGCCCCUUUGAACCUUCUUGCUUGCAACCGUCCGUCCAGGCCGUCGGCUACAAUGCGGACAAUGAGAAUAUCGAACUGCUCCGUCUCCGCAGUUUUACGUUGAGCAAGAAACUGGCCGACAAGGAUCUCCGUGGGCCAGAAGCCAUGGACAAAGUGGCUCAUAUCGUCGGGAUCAUGGUUCAGUUUGUGAGUAUAAUUCAGCGCCGUCAGCCUGCAGCAAGAGGUUGUCUCCUGCACACCCGGUCUCCCCUCCCUCCCUCCCUCCCUCCCUCCCUCCCUCCCUCCCCGCGGGCGGUCUCUCCCAUCCCGCAGAGCCAGAGCUUCAUCCCCUCCAUCCCUUCCAUCCCAUCCCAUUCCAUCCCUCUCUCCGACUCAACGGGCGGUUUUCCCGCGGGCCUCUCGUCUAUAUUUCCAGGGUCCCAGAGCCAUCAUUUGUCCCACCAUGAUCCACACACACACACUGUAACUUUCCAUUCGCGGCUUAACCGUCGCAUGCAGGUCACAUAUCUGAACAGUAUCGUCAUGCCGGAUCCCGAGGAUGAAGACGGGGAUGAAGCUGGGGACCUGGAGGAUGAAGGCGACGGGUGA